AUGUUACUUCGUGUCAUCCUUCUUAUCCUUCCCAUCUCCCACACUUCCAACAUCUUCGCUGGAUCCCUCCUUGGUGGAAGUCAUCUUACUGCUCUUUACGACCUUGCCCUUAUCUUAGCAGAUUCUGGACACAACAUAACCUUCGUAAACAUUGUAUCAAGAGGACUGGACAAGUGUGUCCCACAUCCUAAUAUUCAUGUUGCCAAUAUUGUGGUGUGGGACAGUCAAGAUGAAGAUAUGAUGUGGAAGGAUUGUAUAGCAGAUGUUAUGAAAGGUGACAGUGGCUAUGCAUUGGAAGCGUUUGGACCUAGCUGCAUUGAGGUAUGGAGAGAGGUUUGGAAGAGAUCUGCUGGAGUUUUCUCAGGGGAGGAAGUGUUGGAUAUGUUUAGCAGAACUCAGUUUGAUGUUAUUCUAGGGGAGAAGGUUGAAAAUACUGGUUUGGCAUUGCUUGGUACCGUUACAAAUGUCCCUGUUGUAAAUUACGAGCCUAGUUUCAUGAUAGAGCUGGCACUGCUUCAUAAUAACCUCCCAAUGUUGGUUUUCAGUCAACCCUCUUUACUAUUGAAUCACAGAUUCCAUCGAUCUCCUUCAUUUACAGAGAAGCUAUCAGUGUUAAAAGAUGCUUUUAUAUUCUUGCCUUUUAUCCAGUCAGGGGCUGAAGCUAUGCAGCCCUUCUUAGAAAAGUUUGGAUUCUCCAGUUUACGAGAUGUUAAAAAUUCAGUAAAAUUGUAUCUUACUAACGACCAUCCUGCGUUCACUUUCCCGUUUCUUCGCCCCCCAAAUGAUAUCCCUAUAGGGUGUGCAAAUCUUUUGGAAAGUAAACAUGCUCCUAUAGAAUUCUCCCCUCAAAUUGUUCAGUUUUUAGAGGAGUCAGUCGGAAAGGAUGUUAUUUACGUCUCUUUUGGAUCAUAUGCAAAGAUGAGUGAUGUUCCCUGGUUUUCUGAACUCAUAAACAUCCUUAUUGAACUCGAUCUAAGAGUAAUAGUUAAAGUAGAUAAAUAUUGUGAUAAAAUAUUCCCUGAAUCUGUUUUACCGCUUGAUUGGGCACCCCAAAAAGAUCUCCUAAGAUCAGGAAAAGUAAAAGUUUUCGUCAGCCACUGCGGUAACAACGGUAGGUUGGAGACUAUUUUCUACAAUGUGCCUGCGUUGUGUAUUCCCCAGUUUGCUGACCAAUUCAUCAACGCAGAGCUAGUCAAGCUCAAAGGAUUUGGAGAGAGCUUGAUGAAGGAGGAUAUCCCGUAUCGAGCUAGAGAAGUAGUUACCUCAAUGAUCACUGAUCAUGGAACAUAUCAUGGGAAUAUGAAGAAAGCUUGA